UUAUUGUUGUGUGAUAUUAUGUCGGGUGAAGUGGUUAUAAUAUAAAGCCACCGGUAUAUUUGGUUAAGUCACGCGUGAAUAAAUUAUGCAAUGUGAAUAAUAAAGUAAAAGUGUAGUCCAAGACUCGGACAAUUUGCAAAGGUGGUUUAGUGACACCUGACCUACAUAUUGUUUACAAUACGCGUUUACAAACCGCGACGACGACGUAACAUUAAUUACAUUACGUCUACGAAAGUGUAAUUAAAAAAAUCUAAAUAAUAAAUUUAAAUAAUUAUUGGGACUUUUAAUAACAAUUAAACUCCACCGACGUCUUCCAUCGGCUUCCAUUAUCAUAAAUAAUUAAUAUAUCACCUAGAUUUCAUGUAAUGACAUUAAGUAACAUUACAUAAAGUACAAUAUACUUAUUACAUGACAUACUUUGGUCAUUUUCACUUUCAUUCACUCUCUGACGUCUUAUAAACUUUUGGCGGGAAAAUAAAUUCUGAGAUGGAAAUUUAAAUAACCGAAAUUUAUGACAUGGUGAAUAAAAAAAUUAAAAAUAAAAAAGAAAAUAAUUAAAAUUUUUUAGGAAAAAUAUAAAAAAAAAAUUGUAGAGGGCGAGGCAAGACGUCGGGCUAGAGAGUGAAAUUAAAAAAAGGCGGGUAAAAAAUAAUAAUUUAAAAAAAAGAAAUAAAAAAACGUAACGAUGACACAGUCGAAACUCGCGUCUGCGCCUGAGUUGAACUAUUAGUCCGUUGGUAUCACCCAGCGUGUGUGCACAUCCCUGGGGUCCAUUUGCUGCUGUCAGUGAGUACAAUAGAUCCUCACGAUCCCAGGGAUCAUAAUAAUAAUUAUCGUAACCACGGUCUAUUCACUACCUGGAGCCGGGUCUCCAUCUUCUCGGUAAAAAAACCCGUAGCUAAAAACUUUAACCUUCAGCAGUAAAAAAAACGUGGAUUUAAAAUAUUAUUACUCGUACUCGUGUGUGCACUCGAUACUACAUAUGAAUAAUAAUGAUAAUAUAUAGUAGUUGUGCGGACAUAUGUGUGUUGUUUGUGUCGAUGUCGGUGUCGGUGUAAAUGUGUAACGUGUGUAUAAGACGAUGAGAGACGAGACACUCGCUUGACUAAGGGAGUGCCGUGGAGUUUUAUGUGAUUCGUUCUCUCUUUAAAUUUCCCUCUCUCUUUAUCGGCACCCGUUUUUCUCUGUCCACCUCGUCUGGUAUCGUCUGCUGGUGCUGCUCCUGCUAUUGUAUACUAAAGAGUUGGGUCCAGACAUCCUGGUCCAGUAAAUGUGCGACAGACAGCCAUGAAUUGUUACCUCGACAAUUGCAUUAAUUAUUCUUGUUAUAAUUACAAUAAUAAUUAUCAUUACCAUUAUUAUUAUUUAAAUAAUUACUGCUGCUCCGAUAAUUCCCAGUAAGGAUAAUAAUAAUAAUAAUAAUAAUAAUCAUAAUAUUUAAAUAAAUGACGUGCCGGCGCGGACUGAGUUGUGAUGGCUGGUUAUUUAUUUUUUAUUUACAAAAAAAAAGCUGGACAUUGAGGCGACACUAGGAUCACGGAGCCGGCAAGUGAGAACCACAAAUAUAUUUAAAUAAAUUAAAGGUACUGUUGUUUUUAUCUGGACAUUGGGAAUGGAAAAUCCUGGGAGAUAGAGCGGAAAAAAAAAGCUGGUGGAUAGGAGCAGCAAACAUUUGAGGUUGAUAAAAUAUUUGGUGAGCAUUAACGACAGCAUUUGAGACAAAGAGGACAAAGAAGAUAAAGAAGAGUGAGAAUAAGAUUGGUGUUUUCCGGAAUGCGUGAAGAACGAAUGGCAUCGACUUCGACGGGUGACAACGUCAUGGCAAACACGCCGACGCCCGAGUCAACUUCUAGCCAAAUAAAUAUUAUUAUUAGCAACACCAGCGAUAAUAAUAUUAUUAUUAAUAGUAAUAAUAACAAUAAUAACAAUAGUAGCUGUAGUAACGAUAGUAACGAAGUAAAUGAAGGUGACGUGGUACUGACGUCCACGAGUAAUCAUCCGAGUGCGAGACUUGCACUUGAUCACGACUCAGGCGGGGGCGGAUGUGCAGGCGGAGGGACUUCGAGUUCCGCGUCAGCCAGUGGUGGGUUGGACACCGGGCCCAACGGCAGUGCCAGCGGGUAUAGCGGUGGCGGGAACACUUCCAGUGGGAAUCCCUCCAGUGGGAAUAUUGGCGCCAACUCAUCAUCAAAUUCAAAUGGCACCGGGAAUAAUGGAGCGUCUAGUGUCGGCGCUGGUAAUCAAAAUGUCGGCAGUACCGGGCAAGUAGUCCCACCCGGUGGUAAUGUAUGUCAUCCUGGUCUCGGGCAAGUCGGUAUUGUCACCGGGUCGGUACCCGGGCCCUCAGACUAUCCGGACACCAAAGAUGUAAUUGAAGAACUGUGUCCGGUUUGUGGUGAUAAAGUAUCCGGUUAUCAUUAUGGAUUAUUGACGUGCGAGUCAUGCAAAGGUUUUUUCAAACGUACUGUACAAAAUAAAAAGGUCUACACGUGUGUCGCCGAACGCUCCUGUCAUAUUGACAAGACUCAGAGGAAACGAUGUCCGUUCUGCAGGUUCCAGAAGUGCCUUGAAGUCGGCAUGAAGCUCGAAGCGGUACGAGCGGAUAGAAUGAGAGGCGGUAGGAAUAAAUUUGGGCCAAUGUACAAGAGAGAUAGGGCGCGAAAGCUACAACUUCUAAGACAACGUCAGCUCGCAUUGCAAACAAUAAGAGGGAGUCUGGGUGACCCGUCAAAUUAUCCGUCAGCAGUGACGCCAUUUCUGCAUAUAAAGCAAGAGAUACAAAUACCUCAGGUGUCUAGUUUGACAUCUUCGCCGGACUCGAGUCCGUCACCGGCAGCAGUCGCCGCUGGACUUGUCACCACCCAGCCCACCGGUAACAACAACAAUAACAACAACAACAAUAAUAACAACAACAACAAUGGCGGUGGUAAUGCAGGUCAGCAUCAAUUGAUAGCACCGUCGACGCAGCCGACGUUGUCGGGCGGGAAUCAUCUGUACAAUCCAAACCCAAGCCUUGACGGUAAACUCUGGGCUGCAAACUCCACUACCUCCAGUCCCAAGGCCUUCAACUUUGGCGAACAAUCGAGUCAAGGGCACGGUCCUAAUUCCGGGACGACCUCAUCAACAGCAACAACACUUAAAACUAGUCCGAUGAUACGCGAAUUCGUUCAAUCUGUUGACGAUCGCGAGUGGCAGGCCUCACUCUUCGGGCUACUGCAAAAUCAAACCUAUAAUCAGUGUGAAGUUGAUUUAUUUGAACUUAUGUGCAAAGUGCUCGAUCAGAAUCUCUUUUCACAAGUCGAUUGGGCGAGAAAUUCCGUCUUCUUCAAAGAUCUCAAGGUUGAUGACCAAAUGAAAUUACUGCAACAUUCAUGGUCGGAUAUGCUGGUACUUGAUCAUCUCCACCAGAGGUUACACAAUAAUUUACCAGAUGAAACAACUCUGCACAACGGCCAAAAAUUUGAUCUCCUCUGUCUCGGCCUACUUGGAGUUCCCUCACUAGCUGAUUUAUUUAAUGACUUGUCACAAAAAUUGCAAGAACUUAAAUUUGAUUUAUCGGAUUACAUAUGUGUCAAAUUUUUGAUGCUACUUAAUCACGAGGUACGUGGCUUGGUGAACAAGAAACAUGUCCAAGAGGGUCAUGAACAAGUACAACAAGCGCUUUUGGAUUAUACAUUAACGUGUUAUCCAUCCCUACCGGAUAAAUUCAACAAACUACUGGCAGUAUUACCAGAAAUCCACGUGGUAGCAAGCCGAGGUGAAGAUCAUCUGUAUCAAAAACACUGCAACGGUGGUGCACCAACGCAGACCUUACUUAUGGAAAUGUUACACGCCAAGAGAAAAUGAAACAAUCCAACAGUAAUAUUAAUAUUAGUAAUAAAAUUAACAAUAUUAAUAUUAAUAAAAUUAAAAAUAAAAAAUAAUAAUAAUGAUAAUAUUAAUAUUAACAUUAAUAAUAACAGUACUAUUAACAAUAACAACAGUCUCGCUGUAUUAUUGCAAAUGUCACUUAAGUCCCGGUAUAGUUAUCGAUUUAAUUACAAUACAAUUACGUACCUCAUACAUCAAAUAAGGGUGACAGUUUAUUUUUUAUUUUAUUAUUAUUAUUAAAUAAUAAUAAUAAUAAUAAAAAAAGUAACACAACUUACAAUCACUAUCACUCUAUGCCAUUUUAAAUCUACUGAUUUAUUUUAAAAACGUUCAAUAAUUAAAAGGGGUCUACGUGAUCGUUUUAUUAUUAUUUUAUUUACAACAACAACAAUAAUAAUGACAACAAUAAUAAGUUAUUUGAAAUUCAUAAUUCACGACAAUUACACGAGGGAAUUGUAAAAUUAUUAUUUUAUGAGAAAAAUGUAUUUAAAAAAAAAUCACAUAUAUAUAUGUAUAAAAAAAAAAAAACAAUACGAUAUAUUUUCUAUAUUUGAUGUUCAAGUUUUAGAGAUGUAUCACGGGUAAAAGAUAAAGAUAAUGAUAAUUAUAAUGACGUUAAUUAAAUUGAUAUAUUUUGUUGUUUAAAUUUUUGUUUAUAACUUAACCGCCAAUACUUGAAUGUUUAAUUUAAAAACUGAUUUAAAUAAUAACCCUGGGUUUUAUAUAUAUUAUUAUUAUUUUAAGUAUUUGUGAUAUUUUAUUUGACACGAAUGAUAAAAUUAAAGUUUCUUUUAAUAUUUAUUUGAUAUGGGAAAAUAAUUCGUACUUGCUGAUGAUUCGUAUUGAUUUGAUAAUAUUAGAUUUUUAAAUUUAAAUCUUUAUUAUUUGUCACAUAAAUUUAUUUUUUAAAAUAUUAAAUUUAUCGGAUUUUAAUUGAAAAUUCAAUUUUUUAUUUUUAAUCCGAAUCCAAUGACUUAAAAAUUCAAAAAUUGACGAAUGUUAAAAAAAUAAAAAAAAACUAAUCAGUUCUAAAUUUAUUUUUUUUUUUAAUCUGCAUAAAAUAAUUUGAAAAAUUAAAAAAUUGGCGAACAUUAAAAAAAAAAAUAAUGAAAUUCGAUUUGAAUUCCGCAGUCUUAUUUAUCUUAAAUAAAUUGUUAUUAUUUAAUUAGUUAUUAAAUUAUAACAAUAAAUGUAUUGUCAAUCUUUAUUAUUUGUUUUUAAUUAUUUUGGGUUUAUUGUUUCGAUAGCGCAGGGAGUUUAUAGUAAAGAUGCCUUGAAAACAGUACAAAAGGUGGAGUUAGAUGAUGAAAAACAGACAAAAUCUAUAAAUAAAAUAAAUUAAAAUAAUUUUUAAAAUCUAUUGGUCAAAGGGCAGGCAACUUUUGUCUAAAUAGGUAAUUAACUCUAAUUAAAAUAAAAUAAAAUAAAAAAACAAAGCUAUUUUUCUAAUAAAUCUAGUGAAUGAUUAAUUAUUAAGUGUUACCACUGAAGCCUUGCUCUCACUCAAUAAUUAAAGUUUAAAAUUUUUAAAAUAUUAAUUAUUUUUAUUAUCACUAAACUAUAAAUAUAUAUAAUUAACAAUCAACCAUGUAAAUAAAAAUCUUUAUUUAAAUAGUUUUUAAAACCGGGACUUUACAGUUCACAUUUUUUUUUUUUCUGUUAAUUUUAGUUUUAUUUUUAAUUUAAGCCGGUUUGUGCUACAGCGGGGAUUCAUGGGCAUAAAAAGUUUAAGGCAAAAAAAAAAAAAAAAAAAGAAAAUAUCAAAAAAUUUAUUAAAUUUUUUGCAUUAAACUUGGUCCCGUUUUUUUUUUUUUCUUAUUAGAGGGCAAGCUUAAAAAAAACUGUAAAUUUAUAAUUAUUUUGAUUUAUUUAAGUAAUUUGAGGUUUUAAUUAUUAGCAAUUAAUUAAUUAUAUUAAUUAUAAAUAAAAAUGACAAGU